GCUGCCAAUCCGGGCGGGGAGGCGCCCGCUCGGCUCGGCUUCGCGCGCCACCCCUCGCCGCGGCUCUCCUCCCUUCCUCGCCCGCGUCGGUGCCGCCGGGAGUCCGGAGCCGGAGCCCGGGAACAAAAGCCGGAGUUGGCCGCGCCGACGGGGACCCUUGCCCGGCUUGGAGAGCCGCCCUUGCUUGGAGAGCCGGGGAAACUUUGCGCUCCAGCCCUCUCGGGGUUUUGCGCAGCGCAGGACGCGGCGGAGGAGCGCACGCCUGGCCGGGCUCGGGAGCGGGCAGCUGCCCAAGCAGGGCCGGGAGGAGCCGCUCCAUCGCCGCCGCCGCCGCCCCGGGGAAGGCGGCCGAACAAAGCCGCCGGCGCCGCUUCGCGACCCAGCGCCAGCAGCAGCAGCGGCGGCAGCAGCAGCGGCAGACGGAGCCGCCCGCGGUCGGCCGGGGCGAUGGAGGACCAGCCCCGGUUGAUGCACUCUCACGCCGGCGUGGGCAUGGCCGGGCACCCCGCGCUGCCCCAGCACAUGCAGGACGGAGGCGGCGGCGCGGAGGGCGAGGGGGGCCGCAAGCAGGACAUCGGGGACAUUUUGCAGCAGAUCAUGACCAUCACCGACCAGAGUUUGGAUGAGGCGCAGGCCAGGAAACACGCUUUGAACUGCCACAGAAUGAAACCAGCACUUUUUAACGUCUUGUGUGAAAUCAAAGAGAAAACAGUGUUGAGUAUCCGAGGGGCUCAAGAGGAAGAACCCACAGACCCUCAGCUGAUGCGCCUGGACAACAUGCUCUUAGCAGAAGGGGUAGCGGGACCCGAGAAAGGAGGCGGCUCGGCAGCGGCGGCAGCAGCAGCUGCAGCAUCGGGAGGUGCCGGCUCAGACAAUUCUGUGGAGCAUUCCGACUACAGAGCGAAACUUUCUCAGAUUCGGCAGAUUUAUCAUACUGAGUUGGAGAAAUACGAACAGUCCCAGGCAUGCAACGAGUUCACCACCCACGUAAUGAACCUACUGCGGGAGCAAAGCAGGACCCGGCCCAUCUCGCCCAAGGAAAUAGAGCGGAUGGUCAGCAUCAUCCAUCGCAAGUUCAGCUCCAUCCAGAUGCAGCUCAAACAGAGCACGUGCGAAGCGGUCAUGAUCCUGCGCUCCCGAUUUCUCGAUGCGCGACGGAAGAGACGAAACUUCAACAAGCAAGCUACAGAAAUCCUCAAUGAGUAUUUCUAUUCCCACCUCAGCAACCCUUACCCCAGUGAGGAAGCCAAAGAGGAACUAGCCAAGAAAUGUGGCAUCACAGUCUCACAGGUAUCAAACUGGUUUGGAAAUAAGCGAAUCCGGUACAAGAAGAACAUAGGUAAAUUUCAAGAGGAAGCCAAUAUUUAUGCUGCCAAAACAGCUGUCACUGCUACAAAUGUGUCAGCUCAUGGAAGUCAAGCUAACUCACCCUCAACUCCCAAUUCAGCUGGUUCUUCCAGUUCUUUUAACAUGUCAAACUCUGGAGAUUUGUUCAUGAGCGUGCAGUCACUCAAUGGGGAUUCUUACCAAGGGGCCCAGGUUGGAGCCAACGUGCAGUCACAGGUGGAUACCCUUCGCCAUGUUAUCAGCCAGACAGGAGGAUACAGUGAUGGGCUCGCAGCGAGUCAGAUGUAUAGUCCGCAGGGCAUCAGUGCUAAUGGAGGUUGGCAAGAUGCUACGACUCCUUCGUCAGUGACUUCCCCCACAGAAGGCCCUGGCAGCGUUCACUCCGAUACCUCCAACUGAGCUCCCAGCAAUUCAGCAUUCCUUUCUUCCCCCCCACACCGCAGCCAGGCGGAGGUGGGGGCUGAGAAGGGAGGGGUUUUCUCUCCUGCUGUUGAAGCCAUCGGGCUGGAUCCAGAACCGGUUGGCGAACACAAGAAUCUCCUUCUCUUCUCUCUGUUGGGAUGCUUUUUUUCAGCCAAUCUGGACUCUUCUUUAUACUCUCUUCCCUUCCUUUUCUGGGUAGAAGCCACCUUUCACCGCCACCAUCGAAACAAAACAAACACUUCUCAAAAGUCUUCGUUCAUUUUCAUGAAUUUUGAUUUUUCUCUUGAGGAGCCAGUCUUUACGUUGCUGCAGUCUACCGGGCACCCGCCUCCUCCUGUUUCUCUGGUGUUCUCACUACCUCUUUGCAAGAGUCAACUAAGCCCUCUCCUUGGCCGACAAGUCCACCUCCUCCUCUUAAGGACAACAUUUCUGUUCCUCAGAAAUCUUGAACUCUUGUGAGAUGCCUCCAAGAUGUACUCUGUUACAGGCUGAAUAAAUGCAGUCCUGGGUCUGUAAAGUAUGUCCACAACACGCCUGUCCCUCUUCUCCAGUUGUCGAGAGGAUCAGGAAAAUACUAGCAGAUAUACCCCCUUGCCAUCCUGGCCUUGCAUCAAGCCCUUAGUCCCAUCUUCCGCCACAUCUCACAGCUGCUAAGCCACAGUUCCCCACCUGCUCUAUGUUGUCAUCCCGCGCACUAGUAUCAUAAUUUGGCCUGUGGGUACUUUUGCACCUAGGAAGUGUGCAUCUGGUACUUAGACUAAAAUAAUAUGAAUUCCAUAAAUUUGGAUAGUGGGCUUCCUGUGCAUAAUUUAUUAUUUUUCUGGUAUCCAUGUCUUUAAAGAGUUUGGGGAAAUGCUUGGAAUCAUUUGGAAACUUUUUUGAGGUUGAACCAUAAAAAGGAAAGCUGGCAAGAUUUUUUUUGGGGGGGGGGGGGGGAAACUUCAUGAGGGACCAAGGGAUUGAAAGACGCAAGGAAUCGAGAUGCCCACUGCCUCACAGUCAGAUUUGCAAACCUCCCCAUAGCAUUGCUGAUGCGUUUCCAGGGGGUUGUGCCCGAUCAUGAGAAAUUUAGUGUUUUUUAAAAUACGAAAGAAGAGAUCUCAGGUUGCCAUAUUCCGGACAAGGUAUCUAGUCCUGGUCUUGUACCAUGAAUCUUCAGAGAGGGCAAGAUGCAGCAUUGAUUACAGUUCUGCCUACCAAUGUUUAUUGCAUCAGCAAGGAGGGAAAAAACAGAGUCUAGCUUCUAAAAAAAUGAAGGACAGCGAAGAGCAGUAACGCAUAGGCAUUUUACCACAGGGGUUCAAGUAAUAAGGGAUUGGGCUUGUCUGGUUUUGCACACUGCUGACCAAUUUCUAUAUAGAUCCUCACCUUUUUGAAGAAAUCUAAUUUUUUUUAUCCUGAAAAAGAAAAUUGAAGUCUUGACCUAUCAUUUUGGGGAAGAGCUACACUGGCCAGGUUUCUUCCAAUUCCCUCUCCACCCCCACCCCUCGCAAAGUGUUAAUAAGAAACAGUUGAGGAGAAUAGUUUUGGCUUGUAUACACUCUUUAGAUUUAAAGGAAAGAUUUUUUUUUUGACCAUUGGAAAUGAAUACUGAAACACGCU